AUGAAUUGCAUGUUUAAUCAUUCUUCUGAGAAGGUUAUGAAGCAGCCAUCCGCUGCUUCAAAAGUUGAUCAACAACAGCAACCAGAAGAUUCAACUGAAGGAGAUAGAGAGAAUCCAGAACAACUGUCCGGAACAGUAAAAACACUUAGCAAAUUCUCGUCGGACCCCAUUAAAACUGAUUCGUCUGAUUUCUUGAACAAAGUAUUUCAGAAUAAUAAAGAAAAUGGUGAAGUUAAACAAGUGCACAAGAUUUCGUUGUUCCCUUCUUCGGCACCUCGAUCAGAUGAAAAGACCGACUCUGAGGGCUCAUUUCUGUCCAGAGCGACGGUGAUCAAAAGACCUGCGGAAGACUCUUUCGAAGAUGAGACUUCAAAGAAACAGAAACCUUCCACUCCAACCAGACUUCUCCCAAAGAGUGUCCUGAAUCCUCCCACUACUGUUCAAGAAAGAAUGAGGUAUCUCAAAAAUGCUCAUGAAUCGUUGAAAAGUAAACUACGCAACAAGGAUGACCAAUAUUGCGUGAAUCUAGCUGUCAAACUUGAAUUGGAAGCUGCCAAAUCAACAACCAGUAAGAAUGUAUAUGAAAGAGCCCUGAAGAUCGCAAUUUACAAAAUUAGAAGUGAGGAUUCUCCGCAAGGUACCCCUUCUUCGUCUGAAUCUUCGCAACCAGUCUCCAAAAUUGAUGAUCCAGAUUGGGUGAUUCCCAAGUUGAGUAAAUUAAUGGCACCCAAGAACAAGCUUAAACGGAACUCAUUCAUUCUUCAGAUACCACCGCCUUAUGAUGGUCACUUAUCGAAGAAAGUAAUGCAAUGUUCGCAUUGUGGUGAUGAUUUCAUUCUUGGUGAGCAAAUGCUGCAUGACGACAAAUGUGUUUAUCAUCCAGAAAGGCCGAAACUGACAAAACAAGUCGCCUUAACAAAUAGCAGGUAUAAUAACAGUUAUAACACUCGGACAUACCCAUGUUGCAAUACAACUAUAGAUGAUGCUACUGCUGGAUGUGCUACCCUCAAACAUCACGUGUAUAAACUGGAAGAUCCUAUUGAAAUGCAUCACAAGAUACCAUUCAUCUUCACUGCAGAUCGGAAUGUUGAUUAUUUGGCUGUAGGAUUGGAUUGUGAAAUGGGAUGGACUUCAUUCGGAUUUGAACUUAUUAGAGUUACUGUUGUUGAUUUCUUCACGGAAGAGAAAAUCUUGGAUACGAUUGUUCAACCCCUGGGUAAAAUGAUUGAUUUGAAUACCAAGUUCAGUGGAGUUUCUGAGAUCACAGAUUCAAAUUCCGUUAGUUUCAAAAAAAUGAGAGAUCUCUUAUUCAAUGUAAUCAAUAGGCAAACUAUUAUUAUUGGGCAUGGAUUAGAAAAUGAUAUGAAUGUCUUACGACUGAUUCACACCAAAAUCAUUGAUACUUCAAUAUUGUAUUCGACUCACUAUGACCCCAAGAGGAAAGACCCUCUAAGGUUGUUGGUAUCCAACUUUCUUAACCGAAAAAUUCAAUCCGGAGAACAUGACAGUAUGGAAGAUGCACUAGCCUGUAUUCACAUCAUAAAGCAUAAAAUUCUAGAAAGAUACACAUAA